CUGCUUUAGGAAACGUGGCCUUACCGCCUGAGCGGUAGCAGCAGCAGCGGCGUCAGCGUCAGUCACAGGACCGUUACCGGUGUGGAUGAAUGAGAAUCACGCCACUCUCUCCACACACACACACGCGCGUCUGUCAGCUACACCAGCCCGUUUCUGAAGAACCAUGUCUGAGGCAGAACCAGCCCCGGCCUCGGCCUCGGAGGCCGCCGCCGCCGCGAUCUUGGACGCCCUGAACACCACAGACUCGAACGGCACCGAGGUGCUCAACGCCACGGCUAAAUUCGUGGCCACACCAGAGGGCACGGCUCUGGCGUACGGCAGCCUGGUGUUCAUGGCGCUGCUGCCCAUCUUCUUUGGAGCCUUGCGCUCCGUCGACUGCUCCAAAUCUAAGGAGCUGGGAGAGAAUGAUAGCGGUUCUGGUUUCUGCAAUGCAGCAGACAUGCCUGAAACCAUCACCAGCAGAGACGCGGCGAGGUUUCCCAUCAUCGCCAGCUGCACACUGUUCGGACUCUACCUUUUCUUUAAGGUGUUUUCUCAAGAGUACAUCAACCUGCUGCUGUCCGUCUACUUCUUCGUCCUGGGCGUCCUCGCUCUGUCUCACACGAUGAGUCCUCUGAUCUCCAGAAUCUUUCCAGAUUCUUUCCCAAACAAACAGUUCCAGCUUCUCUUCACUCAAGGCUCUGGAGAGUCCAAAGAAGAAAUCGUGAACUACGAGUUUGACAGCAAGAACCUGAUCUGUUUAGUGGUCAGCAGUGUGGUGGGAGUCUGGUACCUGUUCAAGAAGCACUGGAUAGCCAAUAACCUGUUUGGUUUGGCGUUCGCUCUGAACGGCGUUGAGCUGCUCCACCUGAACAACGUCAGUACCGGCUGCAUCCUGCUGGGGGGACUGUUUGUCUACGACGUAUUCUGGGUGUUCGGGACCAAUGUCAUGGUAACGGUUGCUAAGUCCUUUGAGGCUCCGAUCAAAUUGGUGUUUCCUCAGGAUCUUUUAGAAAAAGGUCUUCAGGCCAAUAACUUUGCGAUGUUGGGUCUCGGUGACAUCGUCAUCCCUGGAAUCUUCAUCGCUCUGCUGCUACGCUUUGACGUCAGCCUGAAGAAGAACAGCAGGACAUAUUUCUACUCCAGUUUCCUCGCCUACAUCUUUGGACUCGGCCUCACCAUCUUCGUCAUGCACACCUUCAAACAUGCACAGCCCGCUCUGCUCUACCUGGUCCCUGCCUGCAUCGGCUUCCCUGUCGUCGUUGCGCUGAUCAAAGGAGAGCUCACUGAGAUGUUCAGGUAUGAGGAGACGCCCCCUGAGGAGGAGGAGGCCAAAGACGAGGGGUCAGAAUCGCAGAAGAAGGACCAAUAGCAUUCAUCGCUGCCCGCCCUCUGCUCCGCCCAUCUCCACCAUCAUCCAGCCUGCUGCCACCACCAGAUUUCACUGAAGCCCCGCCUUCCUCCCUGUCUUGCCGCUCCAGCUGUCUGUCUGUCGUCGAGGGAAACGAAGCUUGUGUUGCUCGUGUAUUUUUUGUCUUUGAAGCAGCGGGAGCAGCCGCUGGUCUCCGUGGUAACGGCUGUCGUUAACCAUCUGGCUGAACGCCCCUCGCCUCACGCUCGUGUCACCACGUCGUUUCUGCAAGUUUGAGGUGAAACAAACUGUUUACCAUCAUCAUCUUCAUCGUCGUCAUCAUUUGUGUUGCGUCACUUUUCUCGUGUUUAAGGCCAGAAUUUUAAGAUGAAAAAUCCAGUAUAAUUUUAAUUCUGUGCAUUUUCCUUUUUCCUUUUGUUCAUUUUUUAUUUUAAAUGUGUAAAAACAGUGUUUUUCACAUGUGUGAAUCCUGAGAAAUAAACCGCACACUCUGA